UGUCCCCACGCUCGUUGCUCCGCGCGGCAGUACCGACUCGCGUCUCCAAACUGUCAACAACUCUGUCGAAGUAAUAGUACAAGUUUGGCACGUAGGCUCUCUCGGUAAUUACAAUUUUAAGACUGUGUAAGUGAUUGUUUGACGCGCUUUAAGUUACCGUGAAAGUUUUUCGGAGUUGAGUGUUUAGACGGUAAAUGCAAUUAAUUAUAUUUACAUAAUUAAUGAAAGGUAAACAUACAAGUGCUAGCUGUGAAUUAUCCCGUCGAAACCGCCGCUUCAUGAGCUCCGCGACUGAAGAGAAAAACUCAAAUAUCGAGUGUAAAAUAACUUGAAAAGACAAUUUAAAUUUUUAUUUAUUAUAUUAGUAUGUGUGUGUAGUGAACAGAACAAGAAUUGUGAUUUGUGUGUAGUGAAGUGAAAAUUGUGAGUGCCCAUGACAGUUCUGAGGGCGAGCAGGGAUGGCGCUUAUACCGUCGACGAGCAGUCGCAUCUACGUGGCUUUCUUCGCGACGGUCUUCUGGGGAAUGGGUGUCCGAGGCCUCCACAACCUGGAGAUAAACGUGCCAACAGCUGUACUGGUAGGAGAGACGGUGACCCUGGAAUGCAGCUGGCAGUUGGAAGACGAGGAGGCACUAUACAGCGUCAAGUGGUAUCGAGGGCGGGAGGAAUUCUACAGAUACAUCCCUAAGGAAUUGCCUCAUACGAGGGUGUUUCCUUUGCCUGGAAUUGAAGUUGACAUAUCCCGGUCCGGGGCCAGGCGAGUGGUGCUCCAGCAAGCCACGCCAGCGAUGGCCGGCAGGUUCCGCUGCGAGGUGUCGGCGGACGCGCCUACCUUCCACACAGAGAUCCGCUCCGCUCCACUAGAAGUUGUCGAGCCUCCGGAGUGGCGUCCGAAGCUGGUCUCAGACCGAUCGUGGUACGGCGUCGGGUCCACGCUGCGCGCGACCUGCGCAUCGCCGCCCGCGCACCCACCAGCCAACCUCACAUUUGCGCUUAACGGCAGAGAGAUUGACUUAGACUCGCUAGUGCACGAGUUACCAGAGUGGUUCAAAUGGGACUUGCCGCCGAAGCCGGAGACAACCACGACGGAACAGGCAGAGGACGACAAUUUCAACAUCUUCCACGAAGAGGGCAACAUCCAGUACUUGGACGAGUCCUAUAUUAACCUUCACAAGGAGGAGAUUAGGAGGCCUCCGAAGGAGAGCCCAAAGCCAGUAUUUGAAAGAACAGGACCGGACAACCGCCUAGUGUCUGUUGGAGAAGUGUCCUUCGUGGUUCGCAAUGAGGCGUUCGAGCGCGGCAGUCUACGGUUGACCUGCAUCGCGAGUAUAUACAAUUUGUAUGCAGCGAGGGCGGAGCUAAUUUUCGACAUGGAGCAGCCUGAGGUGGCAUCCGUGUUGGGUGUUAGGAAUGGGGCUGAAGAUUCAAAUAUCUUCAGGUCAUGGCGAAUACCGGCUGCGCUCGCGCCGCUCCUCUACAAUAUGCGGUAGUCAUCUUCAUUAAUUUAAUACAAACUCAUUCUAAGCUCUCCAUAAUGAUGUGAUCCUCAUUUUGUACAAACUCAUUAAGCAUAUCCAAAACCAUGAAUUUAUCUUCCGUUAUGAAUUCCAAGUUUGUUUUAUAUCAACAGAUAUUUAAGAUAAUCUUAGUAAUAGGUCACACUGGCCAAAGUAUAGAUAAAUAUUUAGUAAAUAUAGGUGGAGAAGUUUUAUUAAUUGACUAGAGAACUAUGCAUUUCAGAGAUAUAAUAGUUGAUAUGAUGUGAUAAAUGUAAUGGGUGGUUUUUACGAAAGGUCUAGUAGAUCCUCCAGUGACUGAAUUAUUGCGAUGGUUUUGUGCAAUACAUGCAUUUAUGAUGGGCCGAUAUUAAAUUUAUUUUACACGAAUAUAUUUCGACACGCUGUAGUUAAAACAAAGCAUUCCACAUGAGUGACACGGCCUCAA